GCCAUGGCGGUUCGGCUCCUCUUAGCCCGCGCCCUGCGGCUGUUCCCUCGCUGCCGCCUGCGCUGCGCCCCACGCCCGGACCCGCGCCCCGAGCCCCGCUCCGUUCCGUCCCCAUCCCCAUCCCCGUCCCCGUGGCGGCCGUGGCUGUCCUGGCUCCCCGCCGCCCGCCGCCUGCUGCUGCCCGGCCCGGCCCGCGGGCUGGCGGGCGCGGCGCUGCGGGGCCGCGGCGGGGCCUGCCUGGCGCUGGCCAUGGCGCUGGGGCUGGUGGAGCCGCGUCUGGAGGAGCAGCGGCGGGCAGAGGCGGCCUGCAGGCACAUCCAGACCGUGUUUGUUGGGAAGAACAAGCCACAGAAAGAUCCCCUGAGCUGCUUCCGCUGGCAGGGCUUCAAGCUGGAGGAAUAUCUCAUCGGCCAGCCCAUCGGGAAGGGCUGCAGCGCCGCCGUGUAUGAAGCAGCUAUUCCUUUCUCCCACCGUGGUCAGGGCUGUGUGGAGAGCGGGCGCCUCGCAGGGCAUGGCUCAGCUUCACAGGCACCAGAAGAGGAGCCCGUAGUGAAACGCCAACCGAAGGAGGCUUUUCCAUUAGCCAUCAAAAUGAUGUGGAACAUUUCGGCUGGUUCCUCAAGCGAAGCCAUCCUUGAUGCUAUGGGCCGAGAGCUUGUUCCAGCCACAGGGGUUGCCUUAGCUGGAGAGUACGGAGCCAUCCCUGGCCGCAGGAAACCCAUCCUUGGAAGGAAGAAGUUGCAACCUCAUCCCAAUAUAAUCCAGGUGAUCCGAGCAUUCACCUCCUCUGUCCCUUUGCUGCCUGGAGCCUUUGCAGACUAUCCUGAUGUUCUUCCAUUAAGCCUGAAUCCCAGAGGGAUCGGUCACAGCCGCACGCUCUUCCUGGUGAUGAAGAAUUAUCCCUGCACUCUGCGCCAGUAUCUGGAGGAGAACAGCCCAGAUGUUUGUCUCUCCACGAUGAUGAUUUUACAGCUCUUGGAAGGUGUGGACCAUCUUGUUCGCCAUGGAAUAGCACACAGAGACCUGAAGUCUGACAACAUCCUGGUUGAAUUUGAUUCUGCUGGCUGCCCCUGGCUGGUGAUCACAGACUUUGGUUGCUGUUUGGCAGAUGAAAACAUCGGCUUGAGACUGCCUUUCACCAGCUCUUACGUGGAUCGGGGCGGCAACGGCUGUCUUAUGGCACCCGAGGUGAUCACAGCCUCGCCUGGUCCAGGCACAGUGAUCAACUACAGCAAAUCUGAUGCUUGGGCUGUUGGAGCCAUCGCCUAUGAAAUCCUUGGCCUGGCCAAUCCUUUCUAUGGCCACGGGGCCUCGGCUCUGGAAAGUAGGAGCUACCAUGAAGAUCAGCUGCCCAGCCUGCCUGACCAUGUGCCCCUCGAGGUGAAGCAAGUGAUAAAGAUGCUGCUUCGGAGGGAUCCCAACAAGAGACUCUCUGCCAGGGUUGCUGCCAACGUGCUUCACUUGAGCCUCUGGGGUGAAAGCAUCCUGGCCACGCAGGCCCUGAAACCCGACCAGAUGGUCACUUGGCUCCUGUGCCAGUCUGCAGCCACCCUGCUCACGGAGGGGCUGGUGGGUAAAAGCCUGGUGGAAACCAAGAUGAAGAUGUGCUUUCUGGCAAACCUCGAGUAUGAAGAGCUCUGGGCAGCUGCAUUCCUGCUGCUGGCCUGGAGGAGCCGCUCUGAGUGCAGCACAAGCCCGUGAUAAAUGGUUCUGUUUGGGCACA